GUAAGUGAAUGUUUAUUCUUUGGCCAGUUUAAAAAAAAUUAAGAAGCCUUCGGGCGCAGCAUUGAUUCGAUUUUCUUUGGAUUUCAUUAUUAUUUACAUUAUUAUUGUACAAAUCCAGAAAAUUAGGUACUUGAUUUUCAAAGCAUUGUAUUUUGUAAACAUAAACAGACACAGGUUUAAUAAUACCAUUAGAAAACGGUGAAUUGGUACAAUAUGAAGGUGAACAAGAUAAGGGUCAAUAUGGAGGAGUACUACAGUGGUAUACACAAUAUGCCAUUACCUGUGUUUAGUAAGCAUUUAAAGCGUAAAACUAAAUGUAGGGCUUGCAUGCAGGAAGGUGAUAUACUGAUAACCAACAUCACGAAACCCAAUGAGAUGACUGAAGCCCUAAAUAUUUUUGGUAACAUCGAAACUGAUGAUGAUUUAGAAAAUCCUACCUAUUUGUGCUAUAUUUGUUACAAGUUUUUAAAGAGUGCUAUUUUAUUCAGAAAAGUUGCACAACGCACAAACGAAACUUUGAGGCAACCCUUAGUGAAACAAUCGCCCGAUCAUCUCAAUGAUUAUGAAGACAAUCUGGGAACAUUUGAAGAUGAUCAAUCAGAUCAGAUUUAUUCGACUAAAGAUUUCAAAUGCAAAAAACAGCCUAAUUUUGAAUGUAAACAAGAGCCAAUAGUAAAGGGUAACAAAGUUGAAUGCCCCAUAUGUAAAAAACUUCUUGGAAAGUCCUACUACUAUAAUAUUCAUUUGCAACUACACAAUCCAAAUCUCCCAGACCAAUAUGUGUGUGAUAUUUGUGGAAAGUCGUUCAAGUUGAAGAAAGUUUACAGUGGACACAUGGAACGACACGAGACCCGAUACAUUUUUAAAUGUGACUUAUGUCCUUAUGCAGGACGCUACAAAGAGAGACUAUCUAUGCACAUGCGUGUACAUACUGGAGAGUUGAAAUACUUGUGCACUCAGUGCCCUGCUAGAUAUGUCACUCGAGGCAGGUUGAACGACCAUGUCAAAUUGAAACACACUAAGCCACAAUAUAAAUGUACUUAUUGUGUUAAAGCAUAUCAUAGCAGUUUAUAUCUUCAAAGGCAUAUUGACGCAGCACAUUUAGGGAUUAAGAGUCAUGAGUGUAAUCUAUGCAGCAAAACAUUCAGCUACAGAAAAAAAUUGUUGGAGCAUCUAAAGAUAAUUCACAAAACAAGUUUGAGGCCUAACGUCAGAAGAUUGGAUAGAAAAUCUGUCAAGCAACAAUAGUG